ACUAUUAAUAUUAAAAUAAUUUGUUGGACCGCAUUAUAUAGCAAAUAUUGGCGCAAGAUAAAAACUCAAAUUUCUUUUAAACAUUUCUCUUCAUCUCCCCUGUUUCCGAUAGUCACACGCCGCUGCGUUCGUGGCCAUCCGACGAAAAAAAACGUCCACCGCCACCGAUCUGCGGCCUAAUAUGCCGAUGACUCUAGAAGAACUUUUGGAUUCACAGACCUCGACGGAAACCUACUUUUCAGGAGUAGAGGAAAAGUCUUCAGCCUCCACAUCCGCCGUCUUGCUCGACGCCGCCGGUAACCCUAUCAUCACCUUCCAGCAGAAGGUUUUCAGAGGAGAGCGGAUUCAAAGAAUAUGCUUUUUUAGUGUGAGAAAGUCAUCGAUGAUUCAGUUCAAGACGAAGCUGGAUAUGUCCAUGGUUGCUAAUUCCAAAGAGGAUCGCUGUGAUUUUAGGAUUGAAGGUAGCUGGUUUGAGCGAUCAUGCGCCAUAUACGCCAGAGACACCAAUAAUGUCAUUGCUCAACUUUACUUAAUGGAUUCUACUACUAAUUGGCUUCAUUCGAUCUUUGUUGAGACAGAGGCCAAAAAUAUUGUGAGUGAUCAAAGGCCUAAACUAUUGAUAAGUAGAAGUGAACAGAGGCCUAAGUUAUGAUAUACCCUAAGGAGCUCAAAACAAGGAAUUUGCACCUUUCUUCAUUCAGAUUUUACAAUUUUGAAUGCCAAGAAAGCCGUUGUCAAAUUCAACCUUUUCGAACAUGGUAAGGCAAGAAUCACCAUAUUUUAUAGCAUGAUGGAAGAGUUUGCUAUAAAUUAUGCAUUAUUCCUACUCUAAAUGGAAAUGGAACUAUAUUCUGUUAUGCAUGCUGCCUUUUAUCUUUCUUUCUAAUUUGCUUUUCUUGCAUAUCAUGGAUAAUAUAUUAAUGUGCACCUCGACACUUGGUGAAUUAGUUAACAAAGUAAGAGAUCUGUAGACUAUCCUGUUUUAUUUCUUACGGCAGAAUACAUUUUAUUUGUACAUGCACUAAAACUAAAUUGUUGUAGGUGUUUACAAAGAUAAAGUAUGGGGCUUACUCUAAUAUUAAGUAGUAACUCUCAGGAUGUAUUCCGGAUUACUCCCUGUAGCUAUUUUACUUGUAGCAAGAAAAUGUCGACAGCUCCUCCGAUGUUAUUCAAACGAACGGAUGCUCGAAGACGGUGGUGCGGAUAGAGGCGAGCAUACUCGGAGAAACAAACUGCUGCAUUGGUAGAACAAGUGAAAAGCCUUUAGUCAACCAUUCCUACAAAUGAAAAGAAGCUAAGGAUAGAUUAAGCAAUGUAGACUCCAUGAAGUGUGUAAAACAAUUUUAUUUAAUUGAAUACAUUUCUGAAUUCCAUUUA